AUGCAUUUCAAAAUGCUCGUUCCCAGAUUAGCCGGCAGGCAAUUGCACAGCUGCUUCCGUGGCGCCAUCUGCUCCGGAGCUCCUCGACAAUGGCAGACCCUCGCCUUAUUGUCGAGUAACCGGCGCGCCUACUCCUCAGAGCCCUCGGCGAUUUCGCAGUCUCUCGGCCAGAAGAAGACCAUCGAGGUCAACGGCCAAACAAUCACGACGGACGAAUGGUUCAACGUCCCCAAGAACGUGCUUGAUGCGGCAACGCGCAAGCUUCACCUCCAAAAGGACCACCCCGUAUACAUAACGAGACAGAUCAUCGAGUCGCAAUUCCCAGCGCCGACGUACAAGUACCACAACACCUUCGACCCUGUCGUCUCGACACACCAGAAUUUCGAUUCGCUAGGCUUUCCCUUGGACCACCCUGGCCGUGCCAAAUCCGACACCUACUACUUCAACAAAGGCACACUUUUGAGGACGCACACUAGUGCGCACCAGGCGCAGACGUUCAAGCAGAACCUUAGCGAGGGUUACCUUAUUAGCGCCGACGUCUACAGAAGAGAUGCCAUUGACAGAAGUCACUACCCCGUCUUCCACCAGAUGGAAGGCGCACGCAUGUGGGAUCGGACCAAGGUGCCCAAUGGCGAUAUUGCGGCUGCGGUGUGGGAGGAUAUCAACAAGCUGCCGAAACACGAUGUAAAGGUCGAGGACCCGCAUCCCGCCUUUGACGCGGAACGAAACCCCUUGCAGGAGGGACACCACACGCCUGCUGAGGCUGAGGCAAUUGGUGCUCAUCUGAAGCGCUCUUUGGAGGUCAUGGUGGUUGAAAUAUUUACGAGGGCUAAGGCUGCUGCCGCAAAGGCGGACCCUAACUACAAGGACGAGCCAUUGCGAGUUCGCUGGGUAGAGGCGUACUUCCCCUUCACCAGCCCCUCCUGGGAGCUUGAGGUUUACUAUGCGGGUGACUGGCUUGAGGUAUUGGGAUGCGGCGUGGUGAAGCAGGACAUCUGCAUCAAUGCCGGGGUGCCGAAUCAGCUUGGAUGGGCUUUUGGCAUUGGCCUCGAACGCAUUGCCAUGCUCCUUUUCCAAAUCCCUGACAUUCGCCUGUUCUGGUCGCAGGAUGAGAGAUUCCUGAGCCAGUUUAAGGGCGUGUCUGACAAGCUCGACUCAAUGAAGCGGUUUGUGCCCUUCUCCAAGUACCCGGCCUGUCACAAGGACGUGUCCUUCUGGCUUCGCAGUGUAUCGGCAGCGGGUGGAAACACCAAAGCCAGCGUUCAGGAUUUCCACGAGAACGACUUCAUGGAACUGGUUCGCGAUAUUGCCGGCGAGCGUGUCGAAGACGUCCGGCUUGUGGACGAGUUUACCCACCCCAAAACCGGAAGGCGCAGCAUGUGCUAUCGCAUCAACUACCGCAGUCUGGAGCGCACCCUGACCAACGAAGAGACGAACGAGUUACAUAGCGAAGUUACCCGGAAAUUAGUGGAAAAGCUGGGUGUCGAGAUCCGGUAA